AUGGCACUUGCAGAUCACCUUCAAAGAAUCCACCCAGUUACCGACGUUGAACGUCCGCCACCGCCACCGCCACCGCCUCCUCCGCCAUCAGCGCCGCCUCCCAAACUUCUCCCUUCCAAGAAGACGAGAUCUUCGUGUGUUUGCAAAUGUUUUUGUUGGACAUUUUGUGUUAUUUUUCUUCUACUCAUCGUGAUCGGAGGCGUCGUUGGAAUUCUCUAUCUCGUUUUCAAGCCGAAAAUUCCGACGUAUUCCAUCAACUCCUUAACUAUCAGCGAUCUCCGACUCAACGUCGACAUGUCGCUCUAUGCAAGGUUCGACGUGAAGAUCACAGCCUACAACCCGAAUGAGAAGAUCGGAAUAUACUACGAAAAGGGAGGAGUAUUGAGCGUGUGGUAUACGGACAAGAAGCUUUGUCAAGGGUCCUUGCCGGCGUUCUACCAUGGCCACCGGAACAGGACGGCGCUGGACGUGGAUUUGACGGGAAGGACGGUGAAAGGAAACACUUUGAUGGCGGCGUUAGUGGAGCAGCAGCGGACCGGCCGCAUCCCAUUGCAGCUCCGUGCGGCGGCGCCGGUGGCCGUGAAAUUGGGACAGCUGAAGCUUAAGAAAGUAAAAAUUUUGGGGAAUUGCUUGUUGGUUGUGGAUAGUUUGAGCGCCAAUAAUGCCAUUAGUAUUAAAGCUAGUAAUUGCAAGUUUAGGUUGAAAAUUUAAUUAUUAUUUUUUUUUUAUUUUUUGAAAAUUCUC